UUUAAACCGUCAUCCGCCGCGUUACCGCUUCUUUUGAACAGAGCGGUUCCGCCGACAGCGAAAUACAACUUCAAAAAGCAAAAAAUGUAUUAGUUAGUUCGAAUUAAAGUUAAUUUCACGGAUCAAAAGAAAUUUAAUGCCAACGGCAACAAUUUAUAAGUUUUUUGGUUGUUUUCCGCCUUUUUCGUUUUCGUUGUGUGUUUGCGUAGCGUCGCUUGGCGUUUUUCCGUUCGUGUGCGUGUACGUGUGUGUAUAUGUGAUAGUUUUUGAGUCAAUAAAUUAUUACUAAAUAAAAGAAAAGCAAAUAACAAACUGCGAAAUUGUUAUUGCAGUCGCCCCAACAACAAGUCAAUUAACCAGCAAGUGGAGUAACCAAGGCAGCAGUUAAACAGCAAAAAGUGAAACCUAUACUAAAAGUGUGACACGCAGAAAAAAGUGAAGUGCAGAAACCACCCAACGAACGCACGCGAGGCUGUUCCCGGGUCUAUCCCCAUUUCCUUGCUAAUUAGUGCGCCGCCACACAGAAGUCACGUGACAAAUGGGGGGCAAACGAUAGAGUGAAAAUAUCCAUACACGCAACAUAAGCAGAAGAAGAACCUUCCUUCCGCCAUGUCGCUGCGCAGCAACAAGUUGCAGAGCCAGCAAUCGACGGCUAGUAAUGGGAGUGGCAACAGCAGUGGGAGUGGCAGUGGCACGGGGCAACAGUUGCAACAUCCGCCCAUGGCCUACCAGCAGCAACAACAACAAUUGCUCGCCCAGCUGCAGCAGCAGCACAAAUUCCAGGCCCAGGCUCAGGCACAGGCCCAUGGGAAGUACGGCGCCUCCCCCUCACAGUUGGGAAGCAACACAAGUCGCAACAAUUUGGCCACACUGGUGGCGGCCAUCAAUGGAUCGCACGAUCCAACGGCAGGAUCGCCGGGCGGUGGAGUCGGCUAUCAAUUGUCGCCGGCGGCCGCCUCACGGGUGGCCCAUGCACCGCCACACUCGCCACUGGGUCCGCCCUCGUACAGUGCCGCCACCGCCCAGUCGGCCUUCACCUACUACGGCCAGCAUCCGUCGUCCCAGCAUCAGAUGCACCACUCCAACUACCAUCCCCAGCAACAACAGCAGCAGCAGCAACAGCAGUCGCUGCCACCGCCCGAUCUCACGGAUGGCAUCGAUCUACCCGGAUCCCAUGGAACGCCACCGGAUUCGCCCAAUGCCGCAGCUGCAGCGGAGCUCGAGCAGCAGCUGUGCGUCGUGGCCAAGAUGCAAAAGUCGGUGACCAUCACGGUGACGCCGCAGCGCAGCAACUCCAUGGAUUUCCUCAACUUUGAGGAGAAGCGCCAGCUGAUCGCCUCAUCGCUCUCCCUCUCCGACAUUCUGCACAGCAACAGUGGAGCCAAUCAGCAGCCUAAGGAGGCAGCGGUCGCUGGUAUGGCGAUCAAUGGGAGUCAGUGUGCUAAGAAACAGAAUGGAGCUGCCAUACGCACAAACAGCCUCGGUUCGGGCACACGCACUCCGCCCCUCGAGCGUAAGAGCAAAUUGAGCGCCCUGGGACGCUUCUUCAAGCCCUGGAAGUGGCGACGGAAAAAGAAGAGCGAAAAGUUUGAAGCUGCCUCCAAAUCUUUGGAGCGCAAGAUUUCUGUACGUGCCAAUCGGGAUGAGCUGGUGCAAAAGGGCAUACUGCUGCCGGAGAGUCCGCUGGGGAAUAUCCCCGAACCGGGCGAGGAGUCGUACUACAACAAUGGAGGAGGAGGUGCAGCCACCGCCAAUGGCUCUUUACUCAGCUCAGCCGUCCACAAUAAUUCCAUGAAUCAGGCCAAUAAUUCCAUAAAUGCCACCACCUAUGGCACGGCAGGGAAUUCCCUCAUUUCCGCCAGCCAGCAGCAGCAGCAGCAGCAGCAGCAGCAGUUGCAACAACAGCAACAGCAGCAUGGUCUUCCCAAUUCGAUUUCCGUGCAACAGUUCAACGGAGGAGCCGGCGGUCAGCCACAGAAUUCCAUGGCCAAUGGCUGCCUCAUUGGUGGAGGAGGUGGAGGACAACGAGGAGCAGAAGGGGACGGCUCGUCGGACACAUCCUCAUUGAGUGGCGGUGUGCCCCAUUCGCAGUCGGCGCCACAACAAUUGGGCGUGGGCCAGCAGCCGCCGCCGCCAUUGACACCGCUGGCGCAGCAUCAUCAGGCGCUGGCACAGCAGCUGCAGCAGCGAUUCGCCAUCAGCAAUAAUAAUGAACCAAGAAAAGACAAGACUGAUGCACAACAACAACAGCAACAUGGUGGCAACGGCACAAUAUCCACGCCCAACAUCGAGCAGCCGCAAUGUCAGGGUUCCAUGCUACCGCCACCAGGCGGCGGUGGCGGAGGUGGCCAUCACCAGGUGGAUGGAAAAAUGGAGAGACCCAAUACACUGGGCGGCGCCAAUAAGCUGACCCGACGAGGGGUCAACAUUUGCUACCACAACGAGCACAUGUAUGGCGACGAUGGCGGCAAGAUGGUUGGCGGUCCACCGGGCAGCACACCACCGCCGUAUGCGGGCGGUAAGCUGCCGCCGGGUGUGAUGCUCAGCGAGCUGCCAGAGCCACCGAUACCGUUGUCGGAGAUCGGACCGAUCCCACCGCCGCCAAUGUUCUCCACGCCGAGCCCCACGCUCAUCGCUGGACGACCGCACGGGCCAGGCGCCAUACACGAUCAGGACUACCAGCAGGACUAUGACUAUGAUGAUCACGAUCCCGAUCAGGAUGAACUCGAUUCGGAUGAUGAGUAUGCCCCGUAUGGUGGCGGCAAUCAUGUCCGCAUGAUGGACACCCAACGCGUUGAGGAAAUUCCAGCCAAAGAGCCAAAGCCAAAUGCAGUUCCUCUCAAGUCGGCGCUCAAGAAGAAGGGCGGUGCCCUGCCUGCCUCCGCCUCUACGCCUGUGACACCCACCCAGGAGCAUCACCAUGGGGGCGGCGGACAAGGCCAGAGUGCAGCCACAGCUGCAGCCAUAUCCAAUAGCAAUGGAGGCAUUGGCUCCAUGGCAGCAGCCGCUGCAGCAGCGGCGCAACAACAAUCGGCCAAUCAGCGGCCGCUGGUGGUGCGACAAGAUGCGGCAGGGAAUAAUUAUUCGCUCAAGCCAAUACUACGACCACGGAUUAGAAUAUGCAGGCAGCAAAUGUUCAACAUCCAGUUGCCGUGCACCGUGGAGAACAAGGAGAACACUCGGCCCUCACAUGUGAUACGGGAGAGCAGCAGCGACAGCGACGAGAGCGAUGGUCAUAUCGUGUAUCGUGAUGACGACAAUGAUAAUGUCCGUUUGGCCAAGCUGGCACGCAAGGAGUCGCUGUCCUUGAAGCUGCAACUGCGACCGGAUAAGCAGGAUCUGAUCAAUCGCAACAUCCUGCACCAGGUCACCGACAACGAGAUCAAAGAGUCCAAGGAGGCGAUCGGAGCGCGUCUCAUACGACGGCUCUCGAUGCGGCCCACCGCCGAAGAGCUGGUCGAGCGUAAUAUCUUGAAAACUCAAUCACCCGCCGAGGAGAAGAAACAAAAGGAGGAGAAGAAGUCGUAUCUGCUGCGGAAGCUCAGUUUUCGGCCCACCGUGGAGGAGCUCAAGGAGAAGAAGAUCAUUCGGUUCAAUGACUACAUCGAGGUGACGCAGGCCCACGACUAUGAUCGCCGUGCGGAUAAGCCAUGGACAAGACUGACGCCAAAGGACAAGGCCGCCAUACGCAAGGAGCUGAACGAGUUCAAGUCCUCCGAAAUGGCCGUCCACGAGGGCAGUCGGCAUUUGACGAGAUUCCAUAGGCCAUGACGAUUGCAAUGGCAGCAACUUUCCAGCAAAUUGCAACAGAAGCAACCCAAGAAGAAGCAACAAUUGUAUUUUAUGCAACAUCAAAUUGUCAGCAAAUAUUUAAAGGCAACAAAUUAAGAGAGACACAGAGAGCAGAAAACAGUUUUCUUCCCACAUAGAAAAUUCAAAUAAAAUAAACAAAAAAAAAAGAGAGGAAAGGGAAACGAUAAAGCAGAGUGAAAGAAAAGUCCACAUUCAAGAACAUAAUUUAGGUUUUGUGAGAGAGCGGCGAGAGAGUUCCGCUCUCCGUUUUCUAAUUCUAAGUUCUUUAUGUUUUUGUUCCACCUAUUUCUCUAUUUGUUAAUUAUAUUAAUUGUAAAUAAACACCUUCAUUCGAUAUUCAAGCCAAUUUGUCAAGAAAAAACGUUAAUCAAAAUACCGAUACGUCGAUUCGUUGUGUAGAAAAAUGUUAAGUCGCUUUUGUCAGUGCCCAACCAUCGCGCUGAAGGCACAUUAUGUAUUAUAUUAUAUAAAAGAGAAAGAAAAACACACACAAAAAGAUAUUAAAUGUAAAAGUUAGAGUCCCAAAAAAUGAUACGAUGGCUGAGAGAGAGAGAUAAAAUUCACUAAAGUUUAGGCCUUAAUUUACAAUUACUGUUGCUUUCCAUACAUUUUUAAACAAAACUUUGAUUUAAGCCACACACAAAACAAGAAAAAACAAAAAAUAAGAAGAUUAAAGAUAACCCAGAAAUGAGAGCUCUAAAAUUCUAAAACCAUUAAUUUUUAAACAACAAAACUAUGAUUAUUAAUUAUUGUAAAAAGCUUAAACUUAAACAAAACGA